CGAGAACUUGUACUUUUAUAUAAUAAACAGCUAGGCUAGUAGUUCACAAAAUAAAUUCAAAUAAAAAAAUCUGUUUUAAAAAUUUUUAGAAAAAAUCCCGCUGCAACUUCCAAUCACGACAGAAACAAGUGAAAAAUUAUCGCAAACCCACGAAAAAACCCCGUGAAAGAAAAAAGAAGAAAAAAAAAAUGAUGAAAAUUUCUCAUCGACGAAUUGUUGAAUGAAAAAUUAUUGAUUUUUAUCUAAUACCGCCUAAGUAUUCUUUAAUACGAUAAAUAUUACCAAGUGAAUGAAAAUGGCUGAAGUGGAAACAAUAAACUUAUGAUCUUAACUGGAUCGUGUGUGGAAAUUUAUACAUUUAACAAAACCCCGAAAAAUAAAAAAAAUACAAAAAAAAUUACAAAGAGUGAAAAUAUGAUAUAAGACCGUCUACAAGUUAUCACUGUCUAAAAAUGGCUGACGUUGUGUAAGCCUCGUGGACAAGACGACAUAUCUUUUAAUCAACUCACCACUCAAUAAAAGAUGAUUUUAGUUACAUGACAUAUAUGUGAUACUGAUACUAUUAUAUUAGAGAGUAAUUAAAGCUUACAUGAAAGAAAUAGUUGUAAUAUGAAAUCGCUGAACACUUUUAGAAUAUUGCUAGCAUCAUUUCUAUUUGUAAUUACCGAACAAAUUGGAGAAGCCGACUACACGCUUGACGAUUCAUUCUGGAAUGAUGACAGUCCGGCAGGUGAAGUUGAGCGCCUUCUCAAGGAAUAUCGCCAAAAUCAAGAGCUCGUAAGGCGAAUUGGAAGUCAUUACUAUCAAAUAAUCUAUCCAGUCCAGUUGCGCCAUCAUGAAAAGAUGGGAAUAUCGACGCGCGAAAUCAACGCCCAACGUCAAUCGCCGCAACGCGGAUACGAUUCCAAUUAUCCCGGCAGCAGCGGGGGCGGAGGACGAGGUCGAUCGCGUACUGGCAAACACUUUCAUCGUACUUCACUUCUAAUUAAAGCGUUUAAUCACAAGUUUCGACUCGAUUUGGAGCUAAAUACGCAACUUUUAGCGCCAAAUAUCCAACAAAAGCACUUUUUGCCCAGCGGAUAUCCGCAAGACUCGCACAGAGAAAUUGAGCAUUGCUACUACCAUGGCACGGUAAAAGACUAUCCGGGAGCCAGUGCGGCAUUCCAUACGUGCAAUGGAGUCAGCGGCGUGAUUCAUGUCGGAAACGAGACAUUUGUUAUACAUCCAUUUUAUGGGGGAGAUCUGUCGAAACAUCCUCACGUCAUUUUCGAAGCACGAACCAAGUCAAAUAAGGGAUGUGCGAACAGCGGGAACUUAAAUUGGCAUAUGAAGCCUCCGCCGAGAAAUAGGAAAAAUUUGCCCGGAUUGGUAGAGCAUUUGGAGCAGUUAGAUCCGAAUGGCGCGGGAAGAUAUCGACGCGAUGUGAGGGAAGCGACGAAAUAUAUCGAGACGGCAAUCGUUAUCGAUAAAGCCAUGUUCGAUAAGAGAAAUGGCAGUACGCGCGCCGAAGUUGUGCAUGAUGCCAUUCAAGUAGCGAAUAUUGCGGAUUUGUACUUCCGCACAUUGAACACUCGCGUCUCCGUCGUGUAUAUCGAAACAUGGCAAGGUCAGAAUCAAGCCCAUAUCGAUGGCGGAAAGGACAUUAGCAAAGCGAUAUCGAGCUUCAAUGACUACACGUCACGAAAAUUGUUCAAAAUUGACAAAGAUACGACGCAGUUGUUGACCGGAGAGACCUUUUCCGGCGGCGAAGCGGGCAUGAGUGUGCCUGAAACGGUUUGUACAGCAAAAGCUGUUGGCAUAAGUGUCGAUAUUAAUACUUACGAACCGCAUUUACUCGCGGGAACGAUGGCCCAUAUGAUAGGACACAACAUCGGGAUGGGCCAUGAUGAUAAUCGUGAGGAAUGUUUCUGUCGCGAUUGGCAUGGUUGCAUUAUGGCGCAACAAAUUGUCGGUUUGGAGAAUGUUCAGCCGUACAAAUUUUCGGAAUGUAGUCGCUCGGAUUACAUCGAUGCCCUUCGAAUCGGGCAUGGCUUGUGUUUGCUCAAUAAGCCGAAUGAGCUCGAAGUGCGUCGCAAUUGCGGCAACGGCAUCGUUGAAGAUGGCGAAGAAUGCGAUUGUGGCUCUUUUGAUCAAUGCGCUUCCGAUAUGUGUUGCGAUCCGAUCACGUGCAAGCUGAAAAAGGAAUCCGAAUGCGCGACGGGUGCUUGUUGCGAACGAUGUCAACUCAAACCGGCGGGCGUUGUGUGUCGCAAAGAGACCAACGAAUGUGAUUUGCCCGAAACUUGCACGGGAGACAGCGGAAUUUGCCCGCCUGAUGUCUACAAGAAGAACGGAAACCCCUGCGGAAGCAACGUGACGGGAACGCAAAACGGAUAUUGCUUCAAUGGCGUUUGUCCAACGCUGACGCAGCAAUGCGAACGAAUUUGGGGAUAUGGCGCCGCGUCAGCUGAUAAACAAUGCUUCGAACAGUUUAAUUCCAAAGGCUCUAUUAAUGGUCAUUGCGGGACCGAUCAGUCGGGCAAUUAUGUUAAAUGUGAACCAGAAAAUGUUCAAUGUGGCUCUCUACAAUGUAGAGAUGGAGAUAAGCAACCAGUUAGUGAGAGAAGUGAUUUGUUAUUUUCACGAACAAUAAUCUCAAUUAAGGGAUCCGAAUAUGAGUGCAAAGCAACAAGCGGCGUCAACGCCGAAGGAUCUGACAUUCCAAAUCAUGGCCUCGUACGUGACGGAACUCCGUGUGGCGAUAAUUUAGUUUGUAUUAAUCAAACUUGCGUAAGCAUCUUUCCACAUAUUGAUCAAACCAAGUGCCCUACAAACCAAAUAAAUACUGAAUGUUCUGGACAUGGUGUAUGUACAAAUGUGAAUCGAUGUUAUUGCUCAUCUGGCUGGGGAGGUCCUGAUUGCUCAAUAUCAGUUCCUAUAACGACAACACCAACAACUACAAGCGAAAUUAUCCCAACACAAAGCCAUAACAUGGAAAAGAUCGAGAAAACUUAUGAAAACUAUCACGGUUCAAACACUGUAUUUUUGGUUGGAAUCCUCAUGUCUGUUGUUGGGGGUGUCUUUAUAACAUUUGCAUUAAUGGCACUCUGUUACCGUUCUGUUGUUGUACAGAGAUUUACAAUAUGUCUAAGAAGAAAAAGCACUCGACUGAAAUACGAUCCGCCAUACAUAAAAAAGCCAAUUGCCAAGUAUCCAGGGCAAACAGCUUUAGCUAACCAUCGUAAUGCCGAAGAAGUGUCUUUAGAUGGUUCCAACAAACUGGUGUAUGGAAAUAUCGCCCCGUAUAAUAGGGAUCCUAAUGUACAAAUGAGGAGAAUGACCGAAACAGGCAGCGAAGAUGAUCCAACGCCAGCUGGAAAUGCCACAGUUUCUGAUGUUGAAAGGACUCUCAAGAGCUUGAAUGGGUAUCAUGAGGAUAUUUUAGAAGCUCUUAAGGCUGCUGCUGCUCAACGAAGUUCGGGCAACACGCCAUCCGGCAGCAUAAGCGAAGAAAUGAUUCGAAAAACGUUGCAAGAUUGCAAUGUGACGUAUGCUGAGCCGAAAAGAACAAGUUCGAAAAAUAGUUCGCGCGAAAAUGUGUGUGAUAACAUACCGCAACACAUGCUGAUGGAUGGCUCGCAAGCGUCAACGUUGCUGCGACAACAUUCGCAUCAUCAAGCGUUGCAAUCGCAAAUUGCGGGUCAAGAUGACGAAGAUACGCCUUCCGUGGGCCCGUUACGCAUCCGAAAUCUCGAAGAUCUGAUACGACAGUUGGAACAGCACUCGUCGCGUCACAUGAGCCCGAAUGGGUCUGAAGAUAUUCGGAUGUCGGAAACGGAAGCCGAUCGACAUUAUAGGAUAGAUAGUUCGGCUGCGUGUAGCGAGUCGUCGCAUGAUUCCAAUCAGCAAUUAGCGCAACAACAAAAGACUGCUACAAUCCUACCAACAUUUGGUAGUCGUUGUCGUCCGCAAGAGGAAAAUCGCUUCGUGUACGGGCGUUAUCGCCAUCCUCCCGCAAAUCGCCAUCAACCGCAUUCGCCGCACUCGUUCGCACAUCAUUCGCACGCGCAUCACGGCCAUACUCACACCGGGCAUUCCUCGCAUCACUCGUCGCAUACGCAUUUGCAUCAAGACGAAGACGGCAUUUACGAGACUGCCGAAUCGCACGGCAACUUUGACGGCAAUCGCGACACUCCCGAAAGUGAGAGCGAUGAAUUAUUUCAAGCUCAACGACAAUUAGCCCGAUGGGCUAGUGAGGAUGUCGUGUCGGUCGUCGUAAUGGAUCCGAAUGUCGUUAAUAGCGGUGUCAUGCAACAAAUGGGCACGAAUCCAAAUGCCGGACCAAAUAUGCAUCAUGCGGAUAACAACAUCACGACGCCGCUCAACAUCAAUACCGCAAUGGGGCACAAAGGACGCGAUUAUUACCCCUCGCCGGCAUCCACGGAAACGGAAAGCAGCGAAAAUGUCAUGCAAAUGCCGCCGCCGCGACGCGACACCAUGCUAGAAUAUCAAAAUGGCGGACAGGGCGUGCUCGAGACGUCAGAGGGAUACCCGGAAUACAAACACUGAUAAUAAUUUGAGGGAUAUUAGAUAUCCCAACAGCAACUUCUCUCUGUCAUCACUUCACUAACAAAAAUUUCUAAAGCAUUUUCGUUUCAUUUGACUUCAUUUUAACACGAGAAAAAGAAAAUUAGUGAAUUUUGUACACUGUGAAAAUAUUAAAAAAAUGGAAAAUCGAACGUUUUUACACGAUGAAGCAAGGAAUGAAUCCAAAUGAAACAUUUAUGACGCUAUGUUUAGAGAUUAAAUAAAUUUAUAUUAUAUGUCGAAUACAUACUGUUGUGAAAAAUUUAUAUUUAGACUAUAACAUUAAAAGUAAAGUAAUAAAUUAAUUAACAAAAAUGAGAAAAAAACGGAAACUACUUACCUGUCGCGACGCAGCUCAAUGUAGAUAGAGAUAUUUUCACUUUUUGAUUCAAAACACUCACACUUGACACAAAAACACACAUUUACUUAUGAAAACCCACUUUUUUCUACAACAUCUUAUCUACACCAAAAAUUACAUCAUUGAGCAUAACAAUCUUAUAAACUUUUAGAAUUUAUUUCAAAUUUUUAAAUAUUUACAUUUUUAAUGAUAAGAUGAAAUGCGCAAAUUAAACUGCCGCUCCGUUUUUUUGUUAAAAAAAAUAUUUUUAUUGCAUGAUGUUACA